AAUAAAUAUCAAAUGUUAAAUUAUUGAAAAUUGAAAUAACUAGUAUUAAUUAGUAAUUACCAUGCCUAUCAUUGAUUAUAGACAUUUAAUACCUACUGUGUUUUGUUCUUACCCAUAGUAUUUAAUUAUUGAAUAAUAUUAUAGUUUUCAUGAUUGUACAAAGUAGAGGUUUAGACAAUCAGACCAUGUUCAGUAAUCACAAAGUGUUCUUGUGGUCAUAUCACGGUUUAAUAUGUAAUACCAAAGUUUAACAUUUUCUUUAAUCAUGUUUGACAAGUUUUAUAUUUAUUAAAUAGAUAGAUGAGAAGAGAUUUUUGUCUGAUGAUUUUGGUAUAAUAGUAUUAUUUAAUAUUUAUAAUAUUAUAUUAUAUUGAAAAUUGUAUGAUGUUCUCUAAUACUAACUAAAGGAUACAAUUUACUAAAAUCUGUGCAAUUAUCAUAGUUAUAUUUAUAUUUAUUACUAAUUAAUUAUUAAUAUAUUUAUUUGUUUAUUUAAAUAAACUGAGCUUGAGGAACUCAUAGUUAGUAUUUGAAUCACAAAAAUUAGGUAUAUUCAAAAUGCCCAAGAAGUUUGUUGGCAUGAAUUCUAAGGCUUCGGAAGCCAAAGCUCGACGAGAUGCUAUUAAGCAAGAAGCAGAUGCUCAAAAAAAAAAGGCGAUUGAAGAUGAAUUUUGGAAAGAUGAUGACAAGAACUCUGUCAAAAAACAAAAAAGAAAGGAGGAAAAAGAGAAGAAAAAAAUUGAGCAUUUAGAAAAGAAACGAGAAGCUCAAUUAUUACUGGAAACUGAACUCAGUGAAAUUAAAACAACUCAAAUCAACCAAAAAAUCACUAGACAUCAACUUAUGAAAGAACUUGAUACUCCAUCAAAUCUUAAGUCACAACCAACAUUGGUUGAAGAAGAAGAAAGUUCAAUCGAAGAAAAUUUGAAUCGUUUGACUAUGCAUGAUGAAGAAGCAAGAACAGUUGAUGAGGCUCUUAAUAUGCUAAACCCUACUCAAAAGUUGUUGGAUAAACAUCCUGAAAAAAGGCUAAAAGCAGCAUAUACUGCUUUUGAAGCAGAUAACUUACCAAGAUUACGUCUUGAAAAUCCAUCUAUGCGCCUGUCUCAAGUAAAACAACUAAUGAACAAAGAAUGGAUGAAAUCACCAGAUAACCCUAUUAAUCAGAGAUAUUCUAAUAAAAAUUAAAUUAAAUUGUUUCUGAUGAUACCGAUACGUAUAAAUAUUUAACUAUAAGUAGGUGUUCUUAAUUCUUUGAAAUAAAAUGUGAUCAUUUACCUACUAAGAAUAUAUUAAUAAUAAACAAUGUACCAUG